CCGGGCCAAGGCAACGCUGACCACGCCCAGCACAUGACCACGCCCCACCACGUGACCUGACAUCUCGCCCUGCCCUUUUCGGUCUUUGCGCCAUAAUCUCCUCCCUCCCCCUCAGGCUCCGCCCCACAGCUUGUCCCAGGCCCCGCCCCUUUCCAUCUGAGGGGCGGCGGGAGGGGGCCUGGAGCAAGAUGGCGGUGAACCAGAGCCACACCGAGAACCGCCGUGGGGCCAUCAUUCCUGUUGGUGAAAGUGUCUUGAAGCAGAGUCCAGAUGUGGAACUCUCCUUCCCACAGCAUCCACAGAACUCCAACCUCUUUAGUGGUGUAAAGAGGGGAACGUUGUUUCUUAGUUCAUACCGGGUGAUUUUCGUGACUUCACGCUCAGUUAGUGAUCCCAUGCUGUCCUUUAUGAUGCCGUUUGAUCUGAUGAAGAACUGCACUGUUGAACAACCACUCUUUAAUGCCAACUACAUUCAAGGGACUGUUCAUGCAGCUCUAGAUGGUGGCUGGGAAGGACAGGCUACUUUUAAAUUAGUCUUCAAAAAAGGAGGUGCCAUUGAAUUUGCUGAGUUGCUGAUACAAGCUGCCGCUGCUGCUGCCCGGGGAACUCCACUUCGAAUUAUGAAUUACUGGAUCUCCACUCCAGGAAUUUAUGUUAUUACUGGAGAGGGAAACAUGUGCACUCAACAGACACCUUGUCAAGUUUUGGUUUAUGGAGGCCCCCAGUCAGGGUAUGGAGCCCCUCCUGCAGGAUAUGGAGCCCCCUCUGCAGGAUAUGGAGCCCCUCCUAUGGCAUAUGGAGCCAUUCCUGUAGGAUAUGGAGCUCCCCCUCCAGGAUAUGGAGCCCCCCCUCCAGGAUAUGGAGCCCUCCCUCCAGGAUAUGGAGCCCUCCCUCCAGGAUAUGGAGCCCCCCCUCCAGGAUAUGGAGUCCCACCUCCUGGAUAUGGAGUCCCACCUCCUGGAUAUGAAGACCCAUCUUCGAGAAGUUCAAGACCUGUAGUCCCCCCUUCUAGAUCCCCAGCUCCACAUGCUGGAUCUGGAGUCCAGAAUCCCAAAACUGUAACAGCACAGACUCCUGGACAUGAAGCUGCUUCUCCCUCUACCUCAGCUUCUGCGGCCUAUUCUCUCACUUCUAAAAUGUAAACCUUGACUACUUAUCAAGCAAAGCAGCACCCUAACAUUGAAGUCAAAAUAAGGGAGAGGAUGCAGGUAUACUGAUAACAGGCCUAUACUCCUUGAAAGGGCAAUCAUAAGGUAAGGCUAGGCUUUAUUUCUAUGCCUAUAUUUUAUAUUUUUAAACUAACUACUUAAUUGUUAUUAUUAUUGCAGUUCUGGGCAUUGAAUCUAGGACCUCGUACAUCUUGCACAUGCUAGCCUCUCGUGACUUUCUCUUGCUCUCCAAUUUGGGGAGCCUGAGGCUGAGAGAGGAGAAACAUCCUAAAGCUUGUUUAAAGAUUUAUAGAUAUUGAGUGACUCCGAACAGGAAGAGGACGAAAAAAAAUAACUGUCAGCCACACCGAGUCAAACUGGACCCGCUGCUACCAUGAACAGCAAAGGUCAGUAUCCAAUGCAGCCAGCCUACCCAGUGCAGCCUCCUGGGAAUUGGUACACCCUCAGACCUUACAUCUUCCUCAGGCUCCUUCCUGUGCUGAUGCUCCACCUGCUCACUCAGAGCUCUGUCUUCCGGGCUUUGUGCACCCAGGGGCCACCACAUUCCCUACCAUGUCAGCUGCAUCCCUGGCACCUCUCUGUAUCUUCCCAUGGCCCAGUCCGUGGCUGUUGGGCCUUUAGGUUCCACAGUCCCUAUGGCUUAUUAUCCAUUGCAGCUGUCUGGAGUUGCUAAACCUUAAAGCUCUUUCUAACAGUGAAGAGAAGUUAAAGCUCUUCUUCCCAUUCCAGAGAAAAAGAACUUCAAUUCCAAUUUACAGAGAAUGGGAGACCUUCUUGAAAAAGAUAUAUGAUGGACUGGGAUUGUGGCUCAGUGGUAGAGCACUCUCAUGUGGGAGGCACUGGGUUCAAUCCUCAGCACCAUAAAACAAUAAAUAAAUAAAAGUAUUGUGUCCAUCUACAAGUAAAAAAAUAUUUUUAAAAAGAAUACAUAUGGUAAUAUGGAAAGUAGCUGCUGCUAUCACUCUGAAAGUAUUGUCACAGAGUCAUGGGUCUAGGCGGCUGGAAUGUCAAUAGCAUGGAGACUGCCACUUUGCCUAGGUAACUGGACAGAGGAGAAGGGAAAACAUAGCUAUAACCCUUUCUCAAAGCUCCAAACAGGGAAUCCAGACCAUGCUACAUAUUGAACACAGGCCACAGAUCUGACUCUUUCUCCAAAGUUUUUACAGGAAAUUGAUGAUAUAUUUUUCUUAUAAAAAUGUUUCUUCUUACUUCCAAACCACUGUACAUGGGCAAAAAUGACAAAAGAGGAAGAAAGGAGAGAAUCUUUGAACUAGAGCAGGAAUAAGGUUCCCCAUGUUCAACUUUUCAGUGUCUGCUGGAAUGUGACGGUGAGUUGGGAACAGGGUGUGACCUCUUUUAUACCUUAAUAGUUCUCUAAAUAACUGAUAUUUUGCAAACAUAUAGGGACUUGAAAUCUAAAAAGGUAAAAAUUCAACUUUACUCCUCUUCCUUCCAGUAGAUUUGAGGUAAGGUCCGAUUAUCUAGAAAGUGUAGCAGGCCUGAGUCUCCUGAGAGUGGGAGACUUUACUUUCAUGUUCUCUUCUGCUAAAGGUGCCUGUUCACCUGGUCCACCAAGCUGCUAUUUUUCCACCAAGCUGGCUAUUUGGGACCAAGCAGAACCAAGUUUGGUUCCACAUGGUGCUGUGUGGCAUACCUACUGUUAGCUCUCACUGCCUGGUACAAUUAUUUCCAAAAGAUUGAGUCAGAUUCUUUCUAUAAGAGGUAUUUUUUAUGAGAAGUGCUUUGUGUCCUGUGUAUUCAAAGGGACUGUUCUGUUUAGAACAAACUCAGUGAGAAUUUAGCUGGGCCUGCUACAGUCUCAAAGUACUCAUUGGGUCCUUAUGACACCCACUGAUAUUUUGGGUACUUUCUUUCUUUCUUUUUUUUUAUACAUUUACUUUAUUUAUUUAUUUUUAUGUGGUGCUGAGGAUUGAGUCCAGUGCCUUACAUAUGCUAGGCAAGCGCUCUACCACUGAGCCACAACUCCAGCCCCUGGGUACUUUAUUUUUGUGCUUGUGGAUUCCACUCUUCUUCCUAACUCUUCCCUGGCUGUGAUACAGAAACUGCUCUAUUGUCUACUCUGUCUCCUCAUUUUGUAUUAGAAAUACAGAGAUGGAAAGAAGGCAUUUUAGUCCUAGAGUGGACCCAAAACAUGAACCCCCAAAUACUCCUUUCGUGAGUGCAUGCCCACCACCAGCCUGUUAACCAGAACUUUUCUUUCUCAACAAUGAGGAAUCAGGGAAAAUGUAUAGCUGGUGUGAUUUUUUUCAAUCCGUAGAACACUAGGUGAAGAAAGAAAUAUUUCAUGUCUGUUUUCCUUAAAUUUAAUUCUGUUACCAGGACCCCUCCCAUCAUCUACCUAGUUGGUGGGUUCCUCACAAAUUCCAAGAUUAUGCAAAAGUAUCCAGAUUUUAUGUGGUGUCAAGUUGCUGAGAAGGCGCUGCCAGUCAUCACAAUACUUCUGAAACAGCACUGUCUAGUCUGACAGUCCCAUCAAGAGAGUGUGGCAUUUUCCUUGUUACCCCAGAAUCUUGGGUGGAGUUGUAACCUAAGAUUAUGAAUAGUUGUAACUCUAUGCACCAUGUUGCCCCUGAGGACUGUGGAGCAGGAGCCCAACGCCUACUCCUUGAGAGACUCAUAAUUCCUUCCCCCACCUCCCAGAUUUUCAUUUCCCUGCUAUCCUCUUUGCAUCCCCUCUACUUUUUGAGCAUUGGUCUUAAUCCUAAUCUCAGGAUUUGAGUUUCCACAAAAGCUAAUAUCCCUUUUCUUCACAUUUGGUUUGAUUUUCCUUGUCUGGUGCCUGGCUGCUUGCUUGAAAAUCUUGUAUGGGAGGAUUCAAGAUGGCGGAUUAGAGGAAAGAUGCUUUCCUAGUUUCUCCAUGGCUCGGGAUUCAAGAAGCAAGAGUACUGCUUCUCAGUGAGACCUCCCUCAGUUGCUGAGGCUAGCCUUGAACUUGCAAUCCUCCUGCCUCAACCUCCUGAGUCACUGGGACGGCAGCGUGGGCCACUUCACCCAGCUAUUUAUUUUCUUAAUAUGAUGUAUUACAUUUUCAUAUGUUGAACGAAUUUUAAAAUCCUAUGAUAAAUCCCACUUGAGCAUGAUGUAUAAUCCUUUUUUGUAUGUUGGUACUUUUAAGUUUGGUGUCCGUAUUCAUAAGGCGUACUGGUAUGCAGCUUUCUUAUAAUGUCUUUUUCUGAUUUUGGUAUUGAGACAAUACUUGCCUCAUAUGAUGAUUUAGGAAAUGUUCCCUUCGCUUCUAUUUUUUGGGAAGCAUUUGUGAAGGAUUGGGUUAAUUAUUCUGUAAACGUUGGAUAGAAACCAGGCACAUUAGUGUACUUGUAAUCCCAACUACUUAAGAGGCUGAGGCAGGAGGAUUGGAAGUUCAAUGCCAGAUUCAGCAAUUCAGGGAGACCCUAACUUAAAUAUUUAAAAGGGCUGAGAAUGUAUCUCAGUGGUAGAGCACUUGCCUACCAUGUGUAAGGCCCUGGGUUUCAUCCCCAGUACCACAAGCCAACAAAACACUUGGGAAAACACAUUGAAUAGAAUUCACAAGUGAAGCCAUUUGUUCCUGGGCUUUUCUUUGUAGUGAUUUUUUUUUUUUUUGUAGUGGUGAUUGAACCCAGGGGUGCUUAACCAUGGACUUACAUCCACAGUCCCUCUCACUAAGUUACUGAGGCUGGGUCUGGAACUUGUGAUCCUUCUGCCUCAGCCUCCAAAGUUGCUGGGAUUGCAGGCCUGUGCCACUGUGCCGUUUGUAGUAACUUUUUGGUUACUUAAUCUCUUUAUUGAUUUAGGAUUUUCUAUUUCUUCUUGAAUCAGAUUUGGUAGCUGGUUGUUUCUAGGAGUUUUUUCCAUCUAGGUUAUCUUAUUUGUUGAAAUACAGUUGUUCAUAGUGCUCUUUCAUAAUCCUUCCUAUUUCUGUAAAGUCAGAAAUAACACCACCUCUUUCACUUUUCAUUUUGGAAAUAUGAAACUUCAUUUUCUCUCUCUGUUUUUGUUUUUGGUACUGGGGACAGAAUUUAAGGGCACUUUAUUACUGAGCUAUGUCCCCAGCCCUUUUUAUUUUGAGACAGGGUUUCCCUAAAUUGGCCUUGAACUUAUGAUCCUCCUGUCUCACCCUCCCAAGUUGCUGGGAUUACAGGCAUGCACCACAACACCUGGCUCUUUCUGAUUUCUUCAGGUGGAAUGUUCAGUUACUGAUUUGAACAUUUUUUGGCAAUGAACAAAGACCUUUAUUAUUCUUGCUCCUUACCUUGAAUGUCCACAUGACAGAUAUUUUUCUCCUCUCUCUUUGUAUUCAGUCCUUUAUGGAUAUGGAUGAUCUAGGGAAGAGUGAGGAUGACUCACUCCAAGAUCUCUUUUUUUAUUAAGAUCUCUUUAUUAUCUUUUUAAAAAUUUUAUUUUUUGUUGUAGUUGGACACAAUACCUAUUGUUUAUUAAUUUAUUUUUAUGUGGUGCUGAGAAUCAAACCCAGUGCCUCAUACAUACUAGGCAAGUGCUCUACCACUGAGCCCCAGCCCCAGCCCUCUUUAUUAUCUUUUUUUUUUUUAAUCACUCUAGCCAAGUGAUUAUUUAGGUAAAGAUGGUGGAAAAGUUUGGAUAACACUGAAUAAGAGAAAAGGUAUUAAUAUUACAUUAUUUUGCAUUAAGUCUGGAAAAAAGAAGGAAGUAGAACAAGAACUACUUGUAUGUAGUAGACAUUUAACUGACAGGCACAAUCGCAGUAGACAUUCUUAAUAACACCCAGUUUCAUCCUUCUUCAUUCCACCUCUUAGGUUGAAAAUGUGCACAGCUGAAUUAGAUUCACCUUUUACUUUGUGUGUCUUUUUGCAUUUCUGGGGAAUGUUGCUGUCCUAUUGUGAUUGAGACUGAGCAUAAUGUCUUUGAGACUAUAUACUACUUCCUGGCAUGUUGAUUUUUUGUUGGACAUAUUAAAUUCUAUUGACCUAUUUAUCUGAUGGCCUUUCCACAGCCACCAUCACUAAAAUGUUGGGCAUCUUCUGAUUCAGUUUUGGGUUAGGGAUGGGAAAUAUAUAUGAAUAUAUUUUAAUAUGUGUGUAUGUAUAGUAUCAAACCCUAUGUAUACUAUGUUUUCCCUAUACAUACAUACAUACACACACACAUACAUACACACACACAUACACACACACAUACAUACACACACACAUACACACACACACACACACACAUAUAUAUAUAUAUAUAUAUAUAUAUAUAAAAUUUGUAGUAAAAAUCAUAUAAAAUGUGCCCUCUUAAGUGUUUUAAGUUUACAGUUCAGUAGUGUUUACUAUAUCCACAUUGUUGUGUAACAAAUCUCUAGAACCUUUUCAUUUAACAAAACUGAAACUUGGUACUUAUUCAGUGACUCCCCAUUCAUCUUUCCCUCCAGGCCCUGGAAACUAUCAUUCUACUUUUCUUUUUGUAUGAGUUUGAGUAUUUUAGAUACCUUAUAAAAAUGCAAUCAUGUAACUAGCUCAUUCCAUUUAUGAUAAUGUCCUCCAAGCUUAUCAAUAUUAUUAUAUGUGGCAUUAUUUCAUUUUUUAUAAAGGCUGAAUAAUGUUCUGUUGAUCCUUGUGGAUGUCUGAAAGUACGGAUAGUACCAACCCUAUGUAUACUAUGUUUUUCCUAUUCAUACAUAUUUAUAAUUUCUAAAUUAAACUUCAGAAAUUAGGCAUAGUAAUAAAUUAAAAAUAAUAACCAACUAUAGAAGAGAAAAAUAUAACAAUAUCCUGUAUAUAAUUAUUUAAAACUUAUAAAAUGUUUAUUUUAGGAAUUUUCCAUUUAAUAUUUUUGAAUCACCAUUGACUGUAAGUAACUGAAACUGCAAAAAAGUGAAAUCAUGGAUGGGGGUACUGGGCAUAUAUACCACAUUUUCUUCAGGCAGUCCUCCACGAGUGGCAUUUGGAUUGUUUCCAUCUCUUGGCUGUUGUAAUGCUGUAAUAACAUAAGUGAAAGAUCUCUUUUUUUAAAUGUAUUUUUAUUGGACACAAUGCCUUUAUUUUAUUUAUUUUUAUGUGGUGUUGAGGAUCGAACCCAGCGCCUCACACAUGCUAGACAAGCGCUCUACUACUGAGCCACAACCCCAGCCCCAAGAUCUCUUUUUUUAAACCAACUUGUUGAGAUAUAAUUCACAUACCAUACAGUUCACCCAUUUAAUAUGUACAAUUCAUUGGUUUUUAGGAUAUGGAAAGAUAUGUGCAACCAUUAAUUCUAGAACAUUUCCUCCACCUCAGAAAGAAACCUACUUUGUCUAUUUUGUCUGUCAUUGCUCAUCCCGAUCCUCCCCACCCAGCUCUGAGCAACCACUAAUUUGCUCUCUCUAAAAAUUUCUCUGAGACUUUCCUAUAAAUGAAAUAAUAUAUGACCUUUUGUGGCUGGCUUUUUUUCACUUAACACAGUGGGUUUUUCUUUGUUAGUUUAGGAGAUGGUGUUUCACUGUGUAGCCCAGGCUGGCUCAAACUCCUGGGCUUAAGGGGACCCUCAGCCUCAGCCUCAGGGUAGCUGGAUACAGGUGUGUGCUAUCACGUUUUGGUGGCAUCAUGCAUCCAUGAGGUCACAUACAUGUAUUAUUGUUUCACUUCUUUUUGUCCCUGAAUAAUAUCCCAUUGUAUGGAUACAACAUAUUUUUUCUUCUUGGUCUGGGGGAAGAAACCCAGCCCACACACAUGCCAGGCAAGCUCUCUACCAUUAAGCUAUACUCCUAAUCCUUACAUUUAAAAUAAUCCAUUCAUCAAUUGGUAAAUAUUUGUUUCCCACCUUUUGAAUAUUUAUGAAUAAUGCUACUUAAGAUUCACAGUACAUAUGUUUUUUUUUUUUUUUUUUCUGUUUUGUUACUGGGAUUAAACCUUGAGACAUUCUACUGAGCAGCAUCCCCAGCCCUUUUAAAUUUUGAUACAGGGUCUCACUGAGUUUCCCAGGCUGAUCUCAAACUUGUAAUCUUCCUGCUGCAGCCUCUCCAGUUGCUGGGAUUAUAGGCAUGCACCGCCAAGCCUGGACUGUUUUCGUUUCUUUAGCAAUGGAAUCGCUGGGACAAGUGUUUAAUUAUUUAUCAUUUGAGGAGCUGCCAGACCAUUUUCCACAGCAGCUGCCCCAUUUCAUAUUCCUAGCAGCAGUCUAUGAUAGUUCAAAUUUCUCCAAUUUUCUCCAACCCUUACUUUUUAAAUUCUAGUGACCUUUUUGUGUGUGCAGUGGUAUCUCAUUGUGGGUUCUAUUUGCCUUUCCCUAAUGGCUAGUGAUGUUGAAUUUUCUGAGUUGAACAUUGUCCAUUUACAUGUCUUCCUUUGAGGAAGAUCCAUUCAGAUCCUUUGCUUUUUUUUUUUUUUUUUUCCCCAGUGCACAGAUUGGACCCAGGGCCUUAUGCAUGAUCAGCAAGCACUUUUACCACUGAGCUACACCCCAGCCCCUGAUCAUUUUAAAUAGGGUUAUUUGCCUUUUAUUAUUGAGUUGUGAGUUUUUAAUGUAUUUUAGAUAAAAGUUCCUUAACAGAUAUAUGAAUUGUAGACAUUUUCUCCCAUUUUGAGGGUUGUUUUUCCAUUCUUUCUCUCUCUAGGCAUUUACAGUUAUAAAUUUUCCUCUAAUCACUGCUUUAGAUACAUCCAUGUUCUGAUACAUUAUUUUAGUAUGUUAUAUACUCACUUGUAUACAUCUUCAAAUUUAUAUGAUUUCUAAUUUCCCUUACAUUUUUGCUUUGAUUCAUUGGUUAUCUGGGAGUGUUGUUCAAUUUCUACAUAUUUGUGAAUUCCUAAAAUGUCUUUGUUAUUGAUCUCUAUUUUCAUGCCAUUGUGGUGAAAGAACACGUUUGUAUAAUUUCAGGCUUUUAAAAUGUAUUGAUUCUUAUUUUAUGAUUUAACAUAUGGUCUGUCAUGGAGAAUGUUUGCACUUGAGAAGUUACUGUAUUCUGCUGUUGUUGGGUGAAAUGUUCUGUAGGUGUCUGCUAGGGAUAGAUGAUUUAUAGUGUUAAAUCUUCUCUUGCUGAACUUCUGUCUAGUUCUAGGCAUUAUUGAUAGCAGCAUGGCCUUGAACAGUUAUUGUGGUUUUGUGGAAGUAUUUAACUUUAUUUUAACUGAUACAUAAAAACUUAAAAAUUGAAUGUAUUUGUGAGAUACUGCAUAAUGUUUUGAUACAUGUAUACAUUGUAUAAUGUUUAAAUCAAAUUAAACAUAUUUCUUCAAAACA